AUGCCCUGGGUGAUUUUAAUAUCAUGCUGCACCUCGUUCGUCGUGAUAGGCAUCCCCAUCUGCGUCCUCCUCGGGAUGAGACACUUCAGGAAAAGAUCUCCAAGAAAUGGAUUGGAGGUAAUGCAGAAGAAAAGGGAAUACGUCCAACUGCGCCUCCUCCGGGCCAAUCUCCAAUGCGACUCGGACGACAAGAAUGCGACGUCGAUUGCAACGACGGACCCAUCGCACCUCCCUCUCGUGGAGAUCCCCUUGCACGCCUUGGAGUUGAAGCAAAUCCUAGGGAAAGGGAACUUCGGCGAGGUUUAUUUCGCCAUUUAUAAUUUCAUCCCAGAAGGAGGGAAUGACCCGGAAUCCUGCAAGGUCGCUAGUCAUUACUUUGAAUUGAAAGUGGCCAAAACCUGCAUCCCCAAAUUACUCCGGGCUCUUCCCAUCAUUAUUGGACAGGUGAAGUUCCCAAAGGAGGGGAUCGGCGAAGAGCACAAGCAGGAUAUCCACCGGGAGGCGCAGAUGCUGGCGAAAAUGCAACAUCCCAAUAUCAUCCGGCUUCUUGGGAUAGUUAGGAGCCAGGCGAUUGGGAUCGUCUCCGAGUUCAUGGCACUUGGUGACCUUAAUGGCUUACUCAGGAAACUAGACCCGAAAUCAAAUAUUUUUGGAGUGGAGAGAGGAAGCGAGGCGCAGCUGGGUAAACUGGGACUGGAGGACUUGGUCCACGUUGCGAUCCAGGUUGGGUCUGGUCUCAGGUACCUCACGGAUCGACACUUCGUCCAUCGGGACCUGGCAACGAGGAAUUGCUUGGUCGGGGAGAACCUCACGGUCAAGAUCGGGGACUUCGGCUUGUCUAGGGACGUCUAUAGCUCCGACUACUACCGGGUUCGUGGCUUAGUCAUCUUGUGGUUAAACUUUUAUUUUGGGCACGGGAAGUCACUGCUGCCGCUGAGGUGGAUGCCGCCCGAAAGCAUCAUGUAUCGCACUUUCAGCGUCCAAUCCGACAUCUGGUCCUUCGGAGUCGUCCUCUGGGAGAUCUUCUCGUACGGUAAACAGCCCUGGUUCGGAUGCUCAAACGACGAGGUCCUGCGGCUGGUAAUCAGCGGGCAGGUGCAACGCUGCCCCGAGAACUGCCCUCGUAGCGUCUACAACAUCAUGCUAGCGACGUGGAAGACCAACCCCGAGAACCGCAUACCGAUUGGGAACGCCCUCGACUUCCUCCACGAGGUGAAGAGCAACAUCAACAUUUACCUAGAGAUCCAGGCAGGCGUGGUGGAUCUUGACAUCCUGGAACAACCCAUAUCCUGAGAACUUGUAGGAGAAAGGAGUAUUGAUACCAUUGCAGACCAAUCCAGUUUUGGAAAUAUUUUGAUCCGUAAACUUCAUUAUCUUCUCGCUACUUGUAACUGUUGAAAUGUAUCCCCUGAAAGUGUAGUGUAAGUUGCUAAUUUUCCUGGAAAUUCGACCUAUUCAACACAGUAUAUUAGAAAAAGGCUAAUUCUGUACUUAAAGAAUACAAAUAUUUGUCAUGAGUACUGUACUCUUCUGUGGUUAACUUUUCAUUCUGAGAUAGACAUUUGAGAAAGAAAAGCAUACCCUCAGGUUCCAUUGUGCCCCCAUGAUACUUCGCCUAUGCUCUCAUAUUUUCACAAUAAAUGAGCAUGAAUACAAAA